AUGCAGUACUACACCCUUCUCACCAUCUUGGCCGGCGCCGCUGCCGUGUCCGCUGCAGGUCUCACCGACGACCUCGUUGGAAGCAGCGGUCUCACCGGUUCUGCCGGCGACGACUCCAACGCUUCCGCCGCUGGAGGCCUCACCGACGAACUCGUGGGAAGCAAGAGUCUCGCUGGUUCUGCCGAAAACGACAAGAAAUUCGCCUUCCUCGACAGUCUCGGUCCCUUGGGCUUGAAGCAGGUCCUCAAGCCCGGCCCAUACGACGACACCGUCUACUACGCCGAGAAACCCUCUCCGGUCCCGGUCUUCAUCACCCGCACCCUCACCACCACCACUCCCACGCACUUUGUUGAGCCACCCAAGAACAUCGAGGCAAGUGAAGACUCCGCCAUCGUGGAGUCUUGCUCCGAGGGUACCGCGGCAUCUUGCUGCGACACCAAGGGCUCCAGCGGCGACAUCCUCAGCAACGUCCUCGGUGGCAGUUGCGCUUUGAGCAACCUCAACAUUCCCAUCCUCGCCGCUGGUGGGCUCAGCGGCGGCCAGUGCAACCAAGGGAACACCUUUUGCUGUCCAAUCAACCAGGAGGGAAACCUCAACAUCGCUCUCGCAUGCAUCCCAAUCUUCCUGUAG